AUGGCCUUAGUCAUUCGUCGUGCGCUUGGCGAAGACGAUUUCGAUGAAGAAGAAGUAGACAGAGAUGCAACUGAAAUCGAGAAAAUGGUGGAGGAAUUUGAGGACGAGCCUUCGAUUUUCCACGACAACAUUCCAGAAAGUGAUGACGAUGAUGAGGGAGAGGCAGCUCCGACGAGGCCGAGACCACGGACAUCCUUUAGCCGUGGUAAUGGGAUAUUGUAUCUCAACCAGUCAUUUUUCAAUGGAGUGGAUUUCAAGGAGAAUGUGCUCGACUAUGCACUGAGUACUGGACGUAAUUUGGAGCAAACGAGGUAUGAUAAGACUAACAUUUCAUUUAAGUGUCUUGGUGGUGAUGAAGAAAGUGGAGGCUGUCAAUGGCGAGUCUAUGCUUCAACUCGGGAGAAAGAUGCUCUGUGGAAGAUUAGAAUAUUGAAUGACAAGCAUUCAUGUACACCUAAUGGAGAGGUUACAAUGUUAAAGGUUCCACAAAUCGCUAGGUUGUUUCUCGAUAAGAUUAGAGAGGAACCGAAAUACUAUAUGCCUAUGAAGAUUGAAGAAAAGAUUAGGGAGGAGUGGGGAAUUACUGUAUCUAGGCCACAAUGUCAAGCAGCUAGGAAUAAGGCAUUGAGGUGGAUCGAGUGUGAGUAUGAUCGCCAGUUUGCUCGUCUCCGAGACUAUGCGGCUGAGUUGCGUCAUUCAAAUGAGGAUUCUAAUGUGGUGGUUGAAACGCUGACAAAUGAGAAAGGUGAAGACGAGUUUAACAGGUUCUACGUGUGCUUUGAAAACCUCAGAAAAACUUGGAAAAAUACAUGUAGGCCACUUAUAGGAGUAGAUGGCUGCUUCGUGAAGCACAAAAUCAAGGGACAGUUAUUGGCGGCAUUAGGGAGAGAUGCAGAUAACUCCAUAUACCCAAUAGCUUGGUGUGUUGUCCAAGUUGAAAACACUGAGAAUUGGUUAUGGUUUGUGAGGAUGUUGAAGCACGACUUGGAGUUGAAUGAUGGUGAUGGAUUUAUUAUGGUUUUUGAUCGUCAAAAGGGACUGAUUGCAGCUGUUCAAAUGGAGUUGCCAAAGAUCGAACAUAGAAUGUGUGUCAGACACAUCUAUGGGAAUCUGAAGAAGAACCAUGCUUCUAAAAAAGAUAUGAAGAAAUACAUAUGGAAUCUGGCGUGGAGCUACAAUGAGGCUGAGUAUAAUUGGCGUUUGGACCAGCUAUUGAAUUAUGAUGUUGGUGUUUACAAUGACGUGAUGAAGAUGAAUCCAAGGACUUGGUGCAGAUUUAACUACAAGAUGGGCAACUAUUGUGAGGAUGUUGAGAACAACUCUACCGAGUCUUUUAACAGCAGUAUCGAAAAGGAAAGAUGGAAGCCAUUUGUGCCUAUGCUGGAAACAAUAAGAAGGCUAGCUAUGGCACGUAUAGCCAAAAGAUCGGCCAAAUCUCAUGAUCACAAUGGGAUAUGCACGCCUUAUGUCACUAAGUUCCUUGUGAAGGAGUACAAGGAAGCUAAGCUUUGCAUAGUUACUAGAAGCACAAAUGGAGACUAUAAGGCAAGGUUAGGAGGUUGUAAUUACCGAGUGAACUUGGAGAAGAGGAGUUGCACCUGUUUGAAGUUUCAGAUUUGUGGCAUCCCAUGUGAGCAUGCUUAUGGGGUGAUUCUGUCUAAAAAACUGGUCCCUGAAGACUUUGUUUGUCAUUGGUUCCGCACUGCUAUGUGGAGGAGGAACUAUACUGAUGGACUUGUACCUACUAGAGGAGCUGCAUUUUGGCCUCGUUCUGAUGCUCCGGAUGUCCACAUUCCUCCUGAACCACCACAGCCAGGUAGAAAGAAGGUCACCAAUGCAGACAAAAAGAGGAAGAAAGGCGUGAAUGAGUCUCCAACAAAGAAGCAACCACCAAACAAAAAAAGAAUCAUGCAUUGUGGAAUAUGUGGCAAAGCUGACCACAACUCUAGAUUCCACAAAAAGGAUAAAGGUAACGCUCCUUCUGUUCAACCUUCUGCUGCUCCAUCUGUUCAACCUUCAGCUAUUCAAGCUUCAUCUGUUCGGUCUUCAGCUGCUCCUUCUGUUCUGCCUCCGGCUUCAACUACUCAGGCUGCGGCUUCACAGCCAUCUCAAUCUCCUGCAAAAAAGAAAGCUCCUGCUCCUCCAAAGAAGAAAGCUCCUGCUCCUCCAGAGAAGAAAACUCCUGCAAAGAAGAAAGCGCCAUCUCCUGCAAAGAAGAAAUCUCCUCCAAAGAAGAAAGCUCCUGCAACGAAGAUAGCUCCUGCUCCUCCACAGAAGAAAUCUCCUGCGAAGAAGAAAGCUUCUCAAGAUCAGACUUUUGCUUCUUCUCAGGGUCAGCCGUCUGCUUCUUCUCAGGGUCAGCUGUCUGCUUCUUCUCAGGGUCAGCCGUCUGCUUCUUCUCAGGGUCAGCCGUCUGCUUCUUCUCAGGGUCAGCCGUCUGCUUCUCAAGGUCAGUCCAAGGGUUCUCAAGCUUCGCAGGUUGAACCUAUUAAAGGUGUUCGGAGUAAACUCUUCCCAUGGAUAGUAUGGCCCGAAGAGUAA